ACGACGCACACACAAACAUGGCGGCCUCUGUUUCACCGCUACGCUCCGCCUUCAGGAUUUGUAGCCCGUUAGCGGUACACCAUCGCUGCUGCCGGGCCAAACUGCGGAUGCACAGAAAAUGCGAGAGCCAGAGAAGACAUCUACACCAGUCGGCGACGAGACAUGCAGCUGUGGUGAUUUCGGGGACAGAGUUGGCUCGCCAGCUCCACCGAGAGAUCCAGCGUGAUGUGGAAGAACUGGUGGCUCAGGGCAACAUGCGACCCCACCUCGGAGUGGUCUUGGUGGGGGACGACCCAGCCAGUCGUACCUAUGUUAGGAACAAGACCCGAGCAGCCAGCAUUCUGGGUAUUUCCAGUGACACAGUGGUCCGGCCUGGCUCUGUCUCCCAGGAGGAGCUGCUGGAAUUGAUUGACAAGAUGAAUCGCGAUUGGAAGGUCAGCGGCCUGUUGGUGCAGCUCCCACUCCCUGCACACAUCAAUGAGCGAGCUGUGUGUAAUGCCAUUGCUCCAGAGAAGGACGUGGAUGGCUUUCAUAUUGUGAAUAUUGGCAAGCUGUGUCUGGACCAGAGAUCCAUGGUGCCUGCGACACCCGCUGCUGUCUGGGAGAUCAUCAAAAGGGCAGGUAUAGAGACAGUGGGAAAGAAUGUGCUGGUUGCUGGGCGCUCCAAAAAUGUUGGAAUGCCCAUUGCUAUGUUGCUGCAUACUGACCGCAACCAUGAACGUCCUGGAGGUGAUGCCACAGUGACCAUUGCCCACAGAUGUACCCCCAGGGAGCGGCUGAAGGAGUUAACCAGCCUGGCUGACAUCGUUAUUGCAGCUGCAGGUGUUCCUGGGCUGAUUACAGCCGAUAUGGUCAAAGAGGGCGCAGCCGUCAUUGAUGUGGGCAUAAACCGCAUCCAGGACCCAAACACAGGGAAGCUGCGCCUCAUUGGUGACGUGGACUUUGAAGGGGUGAAGGAGAAGGCCGGCUUCAUCACUCCGGUUCCUGGAGGUGUGGGUCCGAUGACAGUAGCCAUGCUGAUGAAGAACACUGUGACUGCUGCCAGAAAUGCACUGAUGCAUUAAACACACAUAUACACACAUACUUGCGCACGCACUAUAAUUCCAAUAGUUUUAAUGAAUGACAUAUGUCAGUGCAUACCUACAUACACUGAUUUCCUUAGGACACAGACACACAAACACACAUACAUGCCCAACACACUCUUUAUUUAAAAAAUGAACUCAUGACUCCAUACCUCCUGGGAAACUUAUUUGAUAUUUAUAUUGUUUAUAUUGCAGAAUUGUUCGUUUAUUUAUUUUAGUUAUUUAUUUUCAGAGUUUACUUUUUAAGAUUUUAGAUUAAUAUUUUUUCUACUGAGCUCAUUUUCGUUCAUUUUGAAUAUUCCAGAUUGACUGGAAAUGGAAUGAAUAAAUAAAAAGUUUUAUGCUGUAGGAAUAUUUCUCGUUUCUCUUUUUUUUCAAACACUUUCCAUAUGUACUGGGA